CCCCCCGGCCGGGUGCCACCCCAGGUGACCUCUCCCGAGGAGGUGGCGGCGGCGCUGGCCCUGGCCCAGAAGAAGUUUGGGCGCCUGGACCUGGCCGUGAACUGCGCCGGCAUCGGCAUCGCCGUCAAGACCUACAACAGCAAGAAGGACAAAGUGCACGACCUGGAGGACUUCCAGAGGGUCAUCAACGUGAACCUGGUGGGGACCUUCAACGUGAUCCGCCUGAGCGCGCAGCUCAUGAGCCACAACACGCCGGACGCCGACGGCCACCGCGGGCUCGUGGUCAACACCGCCAGCGUGGCCGCCUUCGAGGGCCAGGUGGGACAAGCGGCCUACUCGGCCUCCAAGGGCGGCAUCGUGGGCAUGACGCUGCCCAUCGCCCGCGACCUGGCGCCGCUGGGCAUCCGCGUGGUCACCAUCGCGCCAGGGCUGUUCUCCACGCCGCUGCUGGCCGGCCUCCCCGAGAAGGUGCGCAGGUUUUUGGGGCAGCAGGUGCCGUUCCCCUCGCGCCUGGGGGACCCCGCCGAGUACGCGCACCUGGUGCAGGCGCUGGCCGAGAACCCCAUGAUCAACGGCGAGGUGGUGAGGCUGGACGGGGCCCUGCGCAUGCAGCCCUGAGCCCCCAGACCCAAAUGCCGGGCGCGGAGGGAAGGGAUGGACGCCGCGGCUGGAUGAUCUCCGGGGACACUCCAGGAUGGGAACGCUGCGGGGACGAGGACUGGGGGCACCGUAUGAGUGGGGACACUCUGUCCUGAGUGGACACGACCCCCAGACCCCCACCCAAAGUGGGGCCACCCGGGGAUUUGGGGACAAACCCCGGGAACGUGGCCACGAGGCGACUCAGGGAUUUGGGGGACCCCACCAAGGGGACCCUUCCCAGGGGUGGGGGUCCAUCCCGAGCCCCCCCGGGUGUGGGGACCCCCUGGAACCCCCCCAGCCCCCCCCGCGCCGCCCCCGCCCCCCCCCACCGCAAUAAAGCCUGUUCGCCCACGCGGCCUCCCAGCCG